GCACCUUGUCCUGAUUCUCCAUCUUCUCCGUGCUGCUCCUGUUCGCUGUCUCUGUCGGUCGGGUGCUUGUUUGUGAUCGCCAUGGCUGCUGAAAGUCGCGUCUACUUCGGCAAAAUGCCAAAGGAUAUCGACGAGGACGAUCUCCGCAAACACCUCUCCAUUUACGGGCCUAUAGUGGACUUGACAGUGAAGGCUGGUUUCGCCAUCGUCAGAUUCGAGUCUGACAAGGAUGCCCUGGAUGUUGUCUCUGUGCUCGGAAAGCGUCGUUUCUUGGGAGCCGAACUUAGGGUUUCAAUGUACGUUCCUCGCUCAAAACUGCAAGAUACUACACCUCGCGCGAAACCGCCAAAUGCCGAGACGAUCAAGGCGAACGGAUAUCCUCGUACGCAUGCGUCGCGAGAAUAUUCGACGUCCGUUCACAGCAAGAACACGGUUGUGGUGACUUAUCUCAACAAAGAGACAUGUUGGCAGGAACUGAAGGAUUUCGGACGUCGCGCUGGCAGCGUUGCUUAUUGCGAGAUAAACAAGUUUAACAGAAGAAUAGGGUUCAUCAAGUACGAGAGCAAAGAAUUCGCAGACAACGCGGUCGCAGAGCUGGAUGGCAAGGAGUUGAUGAACUGUCGAGUCCGUGUCAUGUCCUUGGAGGACUACGAUCAUAUCCGUCAAGCGGAGCCUUUGCUUCAGGCCGGCAGGAUGCGGUCCUGCUCUCCCGGACGGCAGCCGUCCGUGCAGGCAGAUCGAAAGCCAUAUUAUGUCAAGCACAAUCACCACAAUGACAUCCGUGGACGAAGCCCCGCAAGACACAACACCAGCAUGGUGGAAAAUGCUCGUCAUUUUAUAUCCUCAACGAGCGGCCAAUAGGACGCAGGAUUCGGGCUGGGUCUGUGGAACCUGGAGAAUUGGCCGAGGAUGGCAAAACAAAGGACGCGUCAUUGAAUGCGAAUAGCGUGGCACCCACUGGAUCGCUCUGAGGUCCCCCCCUUGGCAAUACGGAUUCUGUCACUGUUCAAGGUGUAUUUGGAGAGAUAUGCCGUCGAUGCCUCA